UGACAGAAACAGAGGUGGAGAUUCCUUCCAGGCUUCCACAUUCGAUGAUUGAUCACAGUGAUAACCGCUGAAACGCAUAUAAAAAAAAGCCCUCGAAACUGGGAGGAUGAUGUUGUCACUUGCUCUCUUCAAUCUUCUACAAGAAUUUUGAUUUUGAUGUUGGGUCUUGUUUAUAGCUGGUGACUGUAGAGAACCAAUGAAGAUUUCUGGUUUUGCUUUUGGGAGUCGAGUGUGAUUUACAAUUUUUGGUCUGGGGUGUGGGUCGAAAUCAAGACCCGGGAAAUUCUGGAGUCGGAUUCGGUGUUUAGAAGUUGAAACUUGGGAAACCAGUUAAAGGUUACGGUGAAUUUUCUGCUAUAAGGCUGAAACUUAGAAAGUUGGUGAAGGUCUGCUACUUGUUUAACAAAUGCAGAGAGUUCUUCAACCAAUGACAGUUUAGUAACUUUUUGAGGUGGGUUUAUGGUUUUAGGUGCUGAAGUAUAAACCUGUCAUUUGAAGUUACUAGUUUUUAGAGGUGAGUGUUUUUAAAGCGGCUCAAGUUCAGAUGGUCUCAGAGAUUAGUGGCUUAUUAAUGGAACUUGAGUUCUAGGUGGUGAGUUUCAGACUACCAUACAGGUUUUUCUGGCUUUCAGAGGUGAUUUAAGGUAUUGGGGAUGUUUGAUGGAAGCAUGAGAAUGUCUUUCCACACAUUGAAUUGCCCAUCACAUCUGGUAGGUAACAUAAAUAAGCAUAGGAGCCUGUAUAGAACCUGGCUGAAUCCGGUUCUGGCUGCACAACCGUCUUCAACUCUCCCGCAGACUGAUGACAGUAGUAAUUUACUUGAAUCAAAGAGGAGUUCUGUUUCUGUUUCAGCUCCUACUAGCAGUCAGACAUCUGGUCCCUUGCUCAACCAAGCUAAUACAGUAGGUAUUAUUGGAGGGGCAUCAACUGUUUCUACUCUGACUUUCUUGGAAAAACUCAUCUUUUGGAGUGCAAAGAAUGGAGAGGAGAACCUCCCUUUUGUUGUCUGCAGUGAUCCGGCUCUGAACAAGGAGCUUUCUUCCUGCGAAAGGAGUGCUGUUCCCUAUCGUCAUACCAAAACUGCUCUUUCCCAAUUGGAUUAUACUACUGUUGUGGAGAAUUUGCGGCAUAAAAGGGCUUUUCUUGAGCACUCAGGCGCUCGUUGUAUUGUUUUGCCUUGUCAUAUCUCCCAUACAUGGCAUGAGGAGAUCUCUGAAGGCUGUUCUGUACCUUUUCUUCAUGUAGGUGAGUGUGUUGCCUCAGAGCUCAAGGAAGCAAACUUGAAGCCAAUUGAGGCUGGGGGUAAUUUGAGGAUAGGGGUCCUUGCCACAUAUGCAACUUUAAAAGCUGGUUUCUAUCAGGAGAAGCUCCAGAGUCAGGGGUUUGAGGUUGUGCUGCCAGAUAAAGCAACCAUGGAGCACAUUGUGAUUCCUGCUGUUGAAGCUUUGAACAGGAAGGAUAUUGAAGGAGCAAGAAAUCUCUUGAGAAUUGCACUCCAGGUUCUUCUAGUGAGGGCUGUAAACACUGUGAUCCUUGCAUCUGAUGACAUGUGUGGUCUCUUACCUUGGGGUGAUCCUCUUCUGAAGAAAUGCAUAGAUCCAAUGGAUGCUUUAGCCAGAUCAACCAUCAAGUGGGCUCAAUCUUAUGGAAAGACGCAUGUAGACACUUAAACUAUACCUAUGUUCUUUAAAUGCUUGUUGCUGAUAAUUAUGAGAUAUGGCUGUUAUGGUGGGAAAAUCUAUGUAUCAAGAAAUCAGUUGUUUCAUAUUGUUGUAUCAAACAAAGGUUAUUAUAGGCAGAGCCAAACCAAAGAUAGCACACAGGCAAACUGUUUCUUC